GGGAAUAGCUCUAGUCUCUGGACGGGUCAGUGAGUGCUUUAGGCCUCCUCUUUCAUUUCUGCCUGUCUGGGUUUUUGGCACUGUAACUUGUGACUGCUGUAAUACCUUCCGAGCGUUGCAACGGAGGGUCCUCCAUGAUCACCAGCAUUCUGCGUACGUAGUGGAUACAUUAAAUUUGACCACGAAGAUCACGGUGCCAGAUUGCUCUGUAAUGUGUGCACUCUGGAGAAAGGUGGGUGGUAGCCGACGAUUAGAUUAGAUUUGCCGAUCAUCGAGUCAUCGACGCGGACCACAAAUAAAGAGUCCCGUAGACGACAAUCGUCUCGACGACAUUCUCCCCGAACCACCGAUGGCCAUUCUGGGUUUGGCCCCUUCUUGUGAGCCCCAGCGGCCUGCCCAUUUCGACAUCGAGAAAGUCAUAAGGCCUAACAUCCUCUCCUUACACCCAUACCGUUGCGCUCGCGACGACUAUCAGGAGGGAAUACUUCUGGAUGCCAAUGAAAACUCCCUUGGACACUCCAUCUCUUCAGUGGGCAAGACAGAAGAGCUACUCUCCGUGCUCGACGCAGAUUUACAUAGAUACCCCGACCCGUCCCACGACCAUAUCAAAGCCCGUAUCGCUCAACUACGCUCCCUCCCUGAUCCAAAACAUGUGUUUCUCGGCGUCGGUUCCGACGAGGUUAUCGACCUACUCUUACGUGUAUGCGUCACGCCCGGUCGCGAGAAAAUCUUGAUCACUCCCCCUACGUAUGGCAUGUACACCGUGUGUGCGCAUGUCAACGAUGUUGGCAUCGUGCGCUGCAAUUUAAAUCUGAGUGGGGAUCAAGGGGAAGGUGGUGAGAAUGGACGGUUCAGCUUGGUGGUAAAUGAUAUUAAGGCGGCCUUGUCCUCUGACCCUACAAUAAAACUCGUUUUUCUAUGCUCGCCUGGAAACCCCACCGGAACAUUGAUAUCCCUCAAGUCACUCCGUUCUUUGCUUGACUAUGAGCCAUUCAAAGGCAUUGUUGUCGUGGACGAGGCAUACAUAGACUUCGCCGGCGAAGAUGCUUCGGCAGUGUCACUGAUUAGAGAUUAUGGAAAUCUCUGUGUCAUGCAGACGUUGAGCAAGAGCUUCGGGUUAGCCGGUAUUCGCCUAGGCCUUGCCCUCGCCCAACCACCCCUGAUACAAAUACUUACGAACACGAAGGCGCCUUACAAUAUCUCCACACCAACAGCCCAACUAGCUCUUGCUGCCUUGGAGCAACCUUCUCUUACAACUAUGCGGGAAAAAAUAGAAUUUCUGUUGGAUUCCAGGAGUAGAUUGGCUCAGUCACUCACGGACCUGAGUCACUUAGGGUUGGGUCCCAUCAUUGGGGGGAACGAUGCAAACUUCCUCGUGGUACCUGUUGUUGACAAGGUGACCCGUAUACCUGACAACCAAAGAUCCCAAAGGAUUUACAAGGUACUCGCGGAGGAGAACGGAGUCGUGGUGAGGUACAGGGGUAGCGAGCCUGGUUGUGCAGGGUGCUUAAGAAUAACUGUCGGAACUCCAGAGGAGAACAAGGUGCUGAUAGAACAGCUACGGAAAAUUCUGGAGGCACUUUAGGCAGGCCCACCGCUAAAGGGCUCUGAUAACAACUACUAGACAUAAGAAGAGCGGGGUAUCCAGAGAAGUACAAGUGGGGAACUGUAAUCAUCAAAUCAACCGUACUCGGAGCCUGGUAGAAGUCCCGUUCCCUCACCUGC